AACCCUCCUUAAUAUAUAAACCCCACAAACCCCCUUUCUUUUCUCAGCUUGACGUUUCUCAUUUUACAGAGAACACCAAGCUUUCUUAUUAAUAUUAUUUCUUCCACUUUUCCUUUAUUCUUUUUCUUCUUUUCAAUUUAUUCCGGUGAAGUCCAAUCACUCAGAUACAAUAUGCAGGCUAUUGCUCCAUCCACGCCUAAUACUCUUAAGUCUUUAACGGGGACGAUUCGUCCUUCUUUGUCCCGACUCGGUCCCAGCCGACUCGUCGUCCAGAGCGUUUACCGAUCCGACUCCGUUAACUUCCCCAACGGCGUCGGUUUGAGCAGGGCCGACUGGCAGAGCUCCUGCGCUAUCCUCGCCAGUAAGGUUGUUUCCCAGGAGCAACCCACGGAGAAGCCCGGAGCUGCCGGAGGAGGUGGGGCGGCCGGGGGUGCCGACCAUGUGGCGGCCGUUAAUGGUCACAAGGCCAGUAUCGAUCUCGACCUGGUUCCGAUUAGCACCGACAGCAACAACAACAAGCCGCAUCAGCUGGCGCAUAGGGCGCUCACCAUAACGGACCUGUCCCCGGCUCCGAUGCACGGCUCGGAGCUCCGAGUUGCUUACCAAGGGGUGCCCGGCGCGUACUCCGAAGCCGCAGCCGGAAAGGCCUAUCCGAACUGCGAAGCCAUUCCGUGCGACCAAUUCGAGGUGGCUUUCCAAGCCGUGGAGCUCUGGAUCGCCGAUCGGGCUGUGCUACCCGUCGAGAACUCACUCGGGGGCUCGAUCCACCGGAACUACGAUCUCCUCCUCAGGCAUCGACUCCACAUAGUCGGCGAGGUCCAGCUUCCCGUCCAUCACUGCCUCUUGGCGCUUCCGGGUGUUAGGAAGGAGUACUUGACCCGCGUCAUCUCCCACCCGCAGGCCCUGGCUCAGUGCGAGUUGACUCUUACGAAACUCGGCCUCAACGUGGCGCGGGAGGCUGUGGACGACACAGCCGGAGCCGCCGAGUUUGUCGCCGCCAACAACCUCCGCGACACGGCGGCAAUUGCGAGCGCACGAGCUGCUGACCUAUACGGCAUGAACAUCCUCGCUGACGGGAUCCAAGAUGACUCGAGCAACGUGACGCGCUUUGUGAUGUUGGCCCGAGAGCCGAUCAUCCCUCGCACAGACCGGCCGUUCAAGACGAGCAUUGUGUUCGCGCACGACAAGGGGACGUCCGUACUGUUCAAGGUGCUCUCCGCUUUCGCUUUCAGAAACAUCAGCCUGACCAAGAUCGAAUCGAGGCCGCACCGGAACCGUCCGAUCAGGCUGGUUGACGACGCCAACGUGGGCACAGCGAAGCACUUCGAGUACAUGUUCUACAUAGAUUUCGAAGCGUCGAUGGCGGAGGUCCGGGCCCAGAAUGCGUUGGCGGAGGUGCAGGAGUUCACGUCGUUCUUGAGGGUCCUGGGCAGUUAUCCCAUGGACAUGACGCCUUGGUGCCCCUCCGGUGGAGAUUAGCAACGCUGGCGGCUCCUCUCACCAAACCCCCCACCCCCAAAAAAAAAAAAAAACAAAAAAAAAAUGAAUAUAAUAUAUUAUUUAAUGUCAGUAAAAAAAUGCUACUCUUACGCAAAUCCCGUUAUCGUUUUGGACAACCAAAGGGAUUUCAUUUUAUUUUUUCUUUUUCUUUUUGUAAUCUCUGAGUGAUUUAUGGAUGGACAGACAAGUAAGGCAGGAAUUGUUGGUGGCUUCGAUGUAUGUAUGUAUGCAUGUAGAUGUGAUGAUGAUGGUGCGUCACGAUAUUUGUGGUGGUUAUGUGUGGAAGUGUCAAUUCCAUCCACCUAAUCAUUUCAUUGUAAGUUAAAUGUUUGGAAAAUUGAAUUUCACAGAAAAUAGGAUAUUAAAUUU